AUACCCGAGGUCCAAAGCCGACCUUGUCUUUUCUUUCUUCUAGAGGGGCCGUUUGAUGAUAGAAACCAUAACCAGCACGUAUUUGUGCCCGUGCUUCCACGAGCUUAGAGGAGACAUCCAUCACUUGCAACGCAUAUCGUCAACAAAAUAAACGCCCCUGAUCUCGAGCUUCCAAGCCUGAGUGAUACCUUCCGUGGAAACCUUGUACCACUUUGGCCCGGCCUUCCGUGAACCGCAGCCCGCAACGUUUGAAAGCGCAUGCUAAAGCAAUAGAGCAGCGAACCGAAUAACCAAGGAGCCACCAACGCACAGCACACACAAAACCAGCCAACACACCUGGUUCUUUACCUCUGUCAGACGAUACACACACAGAAAAAAGGAAGGAAGUGAAGAAGAAGAAAUAAAAACAGGAAAACCAGACACAAUGGCGACCAGCAGCGGCAACAACACCAACACCAAAGGCUCCUCAUCCCACCUGGAGGCGACAUCGCGCGGCGCCCUCCUCGCGGCAGCACAGUCCUUUUGCGACGCGUUUGCCCAGAAAGCCACGCCGCCCGCGGAGCUCGUGUCAAAGUUCUUUGCUUCUUCCCCUGACACCACCAGCACCACCAGCACCACCACCACGAAGAAUAGAGCAGCAGCAGAGAUUCUCGUCCUGGAGCACGGCCUCGUCAACCUCCCCGCCAACAGCCGGGCCAAGCAGCUCCUGCCGUUCCUGGGGAGGCCGUUCCGCGGGCACGACGGGGUGAGGAGGUACUUUGAGGCGGUGGGCCGGGUGCUGGACUACCGGGACAUGCGGUUCCAUGUCCGUCCCGGGGACGAGGUCGAGGAGGGGUGUGGUGGGCUCAGCCCGUUCGUCGUCGACGUCGAGGGCAGGCAGGUGUGCGUCAAGGGCAGGGCGAGGUUCCAGAGCAAGGAGACGGGGCAGGAGUGGGACGAGAGCUUCAUCUACAAGCUGGGCUAUGUCUUUGAAGGGGGAGGGGAGGAGGAAGGGCGGCGGGGUUGGAAGGUGCUGAGGUUGGAGAUCUGGGCGGAUCCGGCUGCUGCGUAUUUGGCUGCCAGGGGGGAGCUGUGAAAGGUGCAUACGGUUCCUAGAUUGCUUGGGCUCCAACUUCUUCCUGUGUGUGACCCGGCAGGUAUACCGGGACAACUGUAUAGUGAAGGAAUCGUUGUUGUUGUUGUUGGGAGUUCACAUUUGGGGAAUGUCCAUUCUUCUG